UGGGAGCAGCGCCCAUAAUAAUACGUUCCAAAUCAAGCCAUUGAGUAUUGUUGGCAUUGAUACGUCAGUUUACUCCACGAAUGAUGGAAAAACAAGUUAAAUUGAAACAAUUUUGAUUGGAAGAAGCGACCAAAAAGAUAAAUAAUGAGUGCGCUCAAAGAAUAUAAGGGCUCGCGCUAUAUUGCAGAGAAACAAGUACUCGUUAUCGAUGUGGGACAUGCAUACACCAAGUUUGGAUUCGUCUCCGAAGCUGCCCCACGGGGAAUUGUGAGGUCUGAAAUCAAAUGCCCUAAUACAGAUACAAUUCGAAAUAUUUUUAGCUAUAAGGACCAAAAUGAUUUAUACGAGUUGCUGGUGGAAUUUUUACACAGCAUAUUCUUCAAGAGAAUAAUGAUCAGUGCAAAAGAUAUAAAAGUAGUUAAUGUUGAAUCUCCACUGGUCACCACAGAAUUCAGGAAUAUUUUAACAAAAGUAUUAUUUAGGCAUUUUGAAGUUGGUGCAAUUAUGUUUUUACCAACUCAUCUGGUAACCACUUGUACUUUAGCAUGCCAAACAGUAUUGGUAUUAGAUGUUGGCUACGAAGAAGCAAGUGUCAUUCCUAUAUACGAGGGUGUACCUAUUUUGAAAGCAUGGCAAGCUCUUCCUUUAGGGGCAAAAGCAGUCCACAAAACAAUAAUGAAAGCUAUGCAAGAAAUUUUAACAGAAGAAGAAUGUACAGAAAAACUAAUUGAAGACAUCAAAGUGAGAACUUGUUUCGUAACUACAAUGGAACGAUCAGCUAAAUUACUAACAGAUAAUCCUCCAACUCCUCCACCAAAUGUAAAAUAUUUUACAAAAAGAUCUCUUGAAAUUCCUGGUACUGUAAGAGAAUCAGCUUUUGAAAAGUUAUGGGAAAGAGAUCUUGAUAAUCUUAGCAUACCUACCAUGAUUUUAGAUUCCAUAAUAAAAUGUCCAAUUGAUGCAAGAAAACCAUUAGCUGAAAACAUUUUAUUAAUUGGUGGAACAGUCAUGACCACAGGCUUUAUAACUAGAUUAAAAUCUGAAUUGGAGAAUAUAGUUAAUAGUGAACCAUACUCGGAAAAAUUAACUCUCAGAAAAUUCAAAUUUCAUACUGCACCAAGUAAACCUAACUAUACUGCUUGGCUUGGUGGUGCGAUUUUUGGAAUAGCUGCUGAUUUACCCUCACGAUGCCUUUCUAAAGAAGCUUAUCUUGAGACCAAUCAUGUGCCUGACUGGGUUUGUUUGAUAGAUAAUAGAAAAGAUGAUGGUGAAAACAUUGAAUAUUAAAUUUACUCAAAACUUUUUGUUAUUUUAUCUAUUAUAAGCAAUUUAU